AACGCGGUUGCCGUGCACAGUCUGGUCACACUUUCCAACCCGCUUCUCUUUGGCGAAAUAAUAUAAACACAAACAUUUUGCGACAUCUUAAGCAGAAGAUAAUGUUUGGCGCCACUCAAUCGACAAACCGGAUGAAUGACUUCGAGGUGGCCUCACCGCCAGACGACUCCGUUUCGGCGCUGGAGUUCAGCCCGUCUACGGUGCAAAAAAAUUUCCUUGUGGCCGGAAGCUGGGACAGCACCGUACGCUGUUGGGAAGUUGAACAAAACGGGGCCACCGUACCAAAAUCAAUGAAGACAAUGGGAGGACCGGUGCUAGACGUUUGCUGGUCGGACGACGGCAGCAAAGUGUUCGUCGCCUCCUGCGACAAGCAGGUGAAGCUCUGGGAUCUGGCCUCCGAUCAGGUGAUGCAAGUGGCGGCCCACGAUGGUCCUGUGAAAACAUGCCACAUGGUGAAGGGUCCCACAUACACGUGCCUGAUGACCGGCUCUUGGGACAAGACACUUAAGUUCUGGGACACACGCUCACCCAAUCCCAUGAUGGCCAUCAAUCUUCCAGAGCGUUGCUACUGCGCCGAUGUAGAUUACCCUAUGGCUGUGGUGGGCACUGCCAACCGGGGACUCAUCAUAUAUUCGCUGCAAAACAGCCCCACGGAGUACAAGCGGCAAGAGAGUCCGCUGAAGUACCAACACCGUGCCAUUGCCGUCUUCAAGGAUAAGAAGAAGGAGCCAACUGGUUAUGCCCUAGGCAGUAUCGAAGGCCGUGUGGCUAUACAGUAUGUUAACCCGGCGAAUCCCAAAGAUAACUUUACCUUCAAAUGCCAUCGCUCCACGGGCACUUCGGGCUUCCAGGAUAUUUAUGCGGUGAACGACAUAGCAUUCCACCCGGUGCACGGCACCCUGGUAACCGUAGGAUCGGAUGGCACCUUCAGUUUCUGGGACAAGGACGCCCGUACCAAACUGAAGUCCAGCGAGGCAAUGGAUCAGUCAAUUACAAAGUGCGGAUUCAAUGCCAACGGCCAGAUCUUUGCAUACGCGGUGGGCUACGAUUGGUCCAAGGGUCACGAGUACUUCAAUCCGGCUAAGAAGCCCCAGAUCUUCCUACGCUCGUGCUACGACGAACUAAAGCCGCGAAUCAACUGAUCAGAGGAUUACUUUAGUUUUAGUGAAAACCCCUACACUUAUAUGUAUUGUGAAUAAACAGUUUCGGAGCGAGA